CAUUGGAACGGAGGUGGAUACCUUGUAAUUAGCCCCACACUCUCCGGGCUUUCGUUGUCUGCCUUUGAGAUCGAGCAACGGUGGGCAAAGUUCACUUGAGAGAAAAAGGAGAGACAGGACGAUACUUCAUGCAGUCUGCUCAAGGCUGAUCUCAGGAACCUACAUGGUCACAAUAUCUGGACAUUCCGUGGGGCGCAGUGACGAUGAAUUGGCUACAUUGAUUUUAUUGUGGGAUCCAAGGCAUACUAACGCAGACCCAACACUGUUUCGUGAAAAGCCCAUUACACACGAGUUACUGACAGCUAAGGUCAAUUGUAAUAAAACAAUUUAUCGGGAUUGUCUGCGCCUCAGGUCUCAUGAAUGUGUCCUCUGCUAACGAUCCCCUUGUUUUGGAGAUGCAGCAGUGACGGAGACUUGCGAGGAGAAAGUCAGGAAAGGACGGGGCUCCGUCCGCGGAAAUAGUAGCUAUUAGGCCCUGCAGCAAGAAGAGUGUGUGUCUAAAUAAAAACGCUGAUUGCAGUUAUUGCGCUCUCGUGCCCUGUACCUGGAGUUUCUCUGCGUCUUUAAAUUAAAAACUAUUUUUUCCAUCGAGACCGCAAAUCACAGAUGUGGAGUCCAAUCAAACAUUGCGGAGGGUGUUUUUUUGGAUGAAGUUUUGCUCAGACCUGUAAACAAAACGGCAUUAAUUCCAGGAGGUAUUGUGUCCUCAGUGGAGCUGAACGGAAAACGGAGUGGAGAACUGGGAUAGGACAUGCACUGAUAAUUAAAAAAGGAUAUUGAUUGCAUCAGGCUAUUCGAAAAUGUAACUGGAUUUGAUUUCACAAACUCACGAUUUCACAAGAACCAUUUAAGCACAUUUUCAAGUGGUUGUUUCUUUUUUUCCCCUUACGUAGAUUAUUUUGUAAUUGUCGAGUUUUCCAAAAUAUUGUUCGAGUGGGUGCAACUUUGUGUGGAUUUGGAAAAUAACAGAGCAAGCAGCGAGUUAACUGUGCAGUCAAGUGCGUCCAACACACGGGAAUUUAGAGGAAUGCAGGAUUGACGUCAUGAGGGGCAAUAAUGAACAAGCCAAAACUUGUGGAAGGUCUGCUGGUGUUUCUAUAGCCAUUACACUGCUUACUGAGUGUAGUUUUCUCUGAGAUGUUUUUUACUUUUAAGAUUAAACAAUAAUUGCACUAGUUGAUAUACUGCAGCCGCAUACAAAGCUUUACUUAGUCUCUGAUUUUUUGAAUAGAUUAAAAAGCAACAUGGCAUCCCCCCAUCAUCAACAACUGCUGCCUCGCAACACAGAAGUGAGCUGUGACUCGAGUGGAGAUGGAGGCGUCUCCGUUAGGAUUGGCAGUAGUGUCAAACACAAGCAUGGAGGCGGGCCGCUGGGUUCAAUUGGAGGAGGCUUCAUGGGGGGAUCCAAGCAUUGCAAGUACAGCAUUUCAUCCAGCUGCAGUUCUGGAGAGUCUGGAGUCAAGAGGACAGUGGUUAAGAACUUUCGCUCACAGAAAAAGAUGCCUCAGCUUUUUGAGCGAUCUGCUGGUCAUUUCUGGGACCCUAAAUUUGACUCUUCAAUCCUGGAAGAAGCCUGUAGAGAACGAUGUUUCCCUCAGACCCGGCGGCGCUUCCGCUAUGUGCUGUUUUACCUGGUUGUCGCUGCCCUCCUCUGGGGAUUGUAUUUUGCUGCAAACCCUUCCCGCUGUGACAGGCUUGCCUUUCUUAUUCCCACUGCGUCUUUCCUCCUCUUCUGCCUCAUUCUCUUUCUCUUAACUUUUACCAAGCUUUACUCUCGCUGCUACAACCAAGCUUCGCUGCUGCUCAUCAUUGUAACCUUCACCCUAACCCUGGCCCCCCAGAUCCAGACAUCAAGUUUCAGGGAUACAGAGACUCCAACAGCUGCACUUGAUAUGGAAGAAUUCAGUGGCAUGGGGCCCAAUUACAACCUGUCCUAUGAUAAGCCUCUAGGAAGUAGCUCCUGGUCCCCUUGUAUUUCUCCUGUAGGCACCUUCUCCCUCUGUAUUGAGGUUCUUCUGUUGCUAUACAGUGUUCUCCAUGUUCGCCUCUAUGCUUCUAUCAUGCUCGGGUUUCUCUACUCUUUCUUUUUUGAGAGUCUGAGCUGGUUGCAUCUGACGCAGGCCGGGGAUAACUGGAGCCUAGCCUCUCUGUCAGACUGGGAUACAUUAUGUUGGCUUGGCCCAGCCAAAGCUCUGCUCCACCUCUGUGCCCACGCCAUUGGCAUCCACCUGUUCAUUAUGUCCGAGGUACGUUCGCGAAGCACCUUCCUUAAGGUGGGACAAGCUAUCAUGCAUGGCAAAGAUCUGGAGGUGGAGAAAGCCUUGAAAGAGCGAAUGAUCCACUCUGUCAUGCCCAGAAUCGUUGCUGAUGAACUCAUGAAGCAGGGUGACGAGGAGAUAGGGGACAAUUCUGUUAAACGAUACUCCACAAGCGGUGCAGCAGCUGUCAUCUCUAGCCCUAAAAACAAUAAACGCAAGAACACCUCCAUCCCUCGUGGCCAGAUCAUAUUCAGACCCUUUAACAUGAAACGGAUGGAGCCUGUCAGCAUCCUCUUUGCAGACAUUGUGGGCUUCACCAAGAUGUCGGCCAAUAAAUCUGCUCAUGCCCUUGUUGGGCUUCUAAAUGACUUAUUCGGACGUUUUGACCGACUUUGUGAGCUCACUGGCUGUGAAAAAAUCAGUACUUUAGGAGACUGUUACUACUGCGUGGCUGGUUGUCCUGAACCCAGACCAGACCAUGCUUAUUGCUGUGUAGAGAUGGGCCUGGGCAUGAUUCAGGCUAUUGAACAGUUUUGCCAGGAGAAGAGGGAGAUGGUCAACAUGAGAGUGGGUGUCCACACUGGUACUGUGCUCUGUGGUAUCCUGGGCAUGAAACGCUUCAAGUUUGAUGUUUGGUCAAAUGACGUCAACCUGGCCAACCUAAUGGAGCAGUUGGGAGUGGCUGGGAAGGUCCACCUAUCAGAGGCCACUGCCAACUUCCUGGACGACCGCUACCAGCAUCAAGAUGGACAAGUCAUUGAGAGAAUAGGACACAGUGUUGUGGCUGACCAGCUCAAAGGCCUGAAGACCUACCUGAUCUCUGCCAGGAAGGUGGAGCCUCACUCUCUCUGUGGCUGUUCUCAGUCGGGUUUAGUGGGGCCUGAGCAUGCAGACCCUCAGUGCCCCAACCCCGGGGUACAAACACCUGAUGGAGACCCUCCAGCCGGCCCCUUGCCACCAGAUAGCGCUAAGUCCCCUUGUAUAUCAUGCAGUGUGGUUCUGAUACCAGUGGAAGAUCCGGUUCUCGAGGAAGGAGCAGUGCACAAUGGCUGCCAUGACGACCACAAGAUCAACACCAAGGACAUUACAAAUCUGAAGUGCUCCCCAGCGGUUUCUGCAGGACGCAGCCCCAAAGUUCUGAACGGCCUGCUCAGUCCUCAGCUGGAGGCCUUGACCAACAGCCAGACGUCGCUGUGUGAGAUGCUGCAGGAGAAGGAGAAGAAGACGUGGAGUGGAGGAACCAUGGGCAUGGACCACUCAGCGCUCAUCCCCCUACGCUCAAAGAACUUCAGAGAGAGGAGCGAUGCUCACUUUGUGGACGUUAUUAAAGAGGACAGCCUUAUGAAGGACUAUUUCUAUAGACCCCCAAUAAACAAGCUCAGCCUCACUUUCCUUGAGAGCAGCCUGGAGUCUGCCUACCGGAUAAGCUACCAGGAAGAGGUGGAAACCCAGGCACCGGUGCAGACUUUUGCCAGUCCAACAUUCAGCUCUUUUCUGGACAUGCUGCUCUGCUGUUUAGUGUUUCUGGCUCUCUCACUGGCCUGUUUCCUCCGACCGCUUGUCACCCAGCAGAGCGUGUCCACACCAGCACUCAUUCUGACAGCUGGAGCCAACCUGCUGGAGGCUGUGGCCCUUCUGUUUGCUAUACGUAUGGCUUUCUACCUGGACAGUGUGCUGCACUGCACUCGGAUGCUGAUGAGAGUGGUUUCAGGAUGGAUAGCGCGUCACUUUAUAGGAGCCGUCCUGGUGUCCCUGCCCACUGUGGCAGUCUUUUCCCAUGUUACCUGUGACAUGCAUCUCUCAAUUCAGUUCACCAUGUUCAUCUGCUGUGCUGUCAUCAUAGCUAUCAUUCAGUACUGUAACUUCUGCCAACUCAGCUAUUGGAUGCGCUCAGUUCUAGCAACUUUGGUGGGACUAGCAAUGCUUGCCUUGAUCUUCAGCUCCCCCUGCAGGUCGGAUGUUAAAAGCAAUACCAGCUUCAGUAACAGCUCCAUCUUCAUGUCUGAAAGUCCUCCAGACCCAACCCCAAAGGACCUGCUGGGCCCUGAGGCCUGCGUUGCCUUUUUCCUGGUCCUUCUCCUUAUCUUGUUCCUUAACCGUGAAUUUGAAGUUAGCCACCGCCUGCAUUACCAUGGCAACGUUGAGGCUGAUCAACACCGCAUCAAGAUCCAGAACAUGAGAGACCAGGCCGACUGGCUGCUACGCAACAUCAUCCCCAUCCAUGUGGCCGAGCAGCUGAAGGUCACCCAGAGCUACUCCAAGAACCACGACAAUGUGGGUGUCAUAUUUGCCAGUAUUGUUAACUUCAGUGAGUUUUACGAGGAAAGCUACGAGGGAGGCAAGGAGUGCUAUCGUGUCCUCAACGAGCUAAUUGGAGACUUUGACGAGCUGCUACGAAAGCCUACGUUCUCGAAUAUGGAAAAGAUCAAGACUAUCGGUGCCACGUACAUGGCAGCAGCAGGACUCAAUGCGCAGCAGUGUGCUGACGCGCCACAUCCUCACGCACAUCUCCGCGCUCUUUUCGAAUUCGCCCUGGAAAUGAUGCGUGUGGUGGACGACUUCAACAAGAACAUGCUGGGUUUUGGCUUCAAGCUUCGCAUUGGAUUCAAUCACGGGCCUCUGACAGCGGGAGUGAUUGGCACUACUAAGCUUCUCUACGAUAUCUGGGGCGACACGGUUAACAUCGCCAGUCGCAUGGAUACAACAGGGGUGGAGUGCCGUGUGCAGGUGAGUGAGGAGAGCUAUUGUGUGCUUAGUGCUAUGGAUUAUGAGUUUGAUUAUCGGGGCACAGUUAACGUCAAAGGAAAAGGUCAGAUGAAGACCUUCCUUUACCCGAAGAGCAGUGAUAGUGGCCCUGUGCCUCAGUACCAGCUCUCAGUGUCACCAGAGAUUCGGGCACAGGUGGAUGGUAGCAUCGGACGCUCACCCACUGAGGAAAUCGCCAGCAUGGUUCCAGCAACCAGCCUAACUGCGAGCAGCACACAUACUACGGUACACAGUGCUGGUUCCUCAACCAUCAAAGGGCUAAGCCUCGGGAAAGAGGCCGUCAGGCGUUCCUCUACAGAAACCUCUAAUGCCAGAAGACCUUCAUCUCACCUAGACGGACCAACUUCUUCUGCAAAUAACCAACAGCUUCUCAUCUCAUCAUCGGCCCAGCAAAAUACGCCCAUAACGUCCCAAAAAUACAUAAAGAAGGACAAAUGCGAUGAAGCGCCUGACAGUAAUGUUGGAGAAUUAACACGACUCUAAGAAUGUCAUAUUAUGGCGCUUUUAUCGUAAACUGUCUACCCUUUAAGCUCUUGUUCCUGCCAUUUGGCAUUUGUAGAAUUACAAUAUAUUUGGUCCUAGAAUCAGAGAAAGACCUGCAGGCCUCUUCUCUGCAGAAAGCAGACAGCAGGUUGUUUUUAGUGUAAAUCUGAUUGGCUGAUAUUAUCAGUGGAGGGUGCUGGCUGGACCUCAAAGCGUCAGGCACACACAGACCUUUUCUUGCCUGCUAUAGAUCUCAUUUGUCUCCCAUUACUUGAUUAUCUGUAUACCUUUAAUCUUCAUUUAUUUUGUGUCUUUUAAGUGCCUAGAAUUAUGUGUAGACUAAGCCUUUUUGAGUAACAGAAGGAUAUCAUAAAAAGGGAAAACUGUAAAUAAGCAAACUUUUUGGGAAAACCAGCUUACAUUUUGUUACAACUUUGUAAACUAUGCUUUGCUAUUAUGCCUUUUAUUAAAGAAGAGCUUACUAUACAUAUGGAAAGUGCUACAACAUGAAGAUAAUCACAAUGUGUGUCAAUUAAAGGGAAUAUAUGUUAUAGUAAAAUCUGAACUACAAUGCAACAGAGUCUAUUUCCUUGUUCUUCAUGAGUACCAGAAAACUCUUCAUGAGAAGCACAGCAGAAAUGAAUCAAUACAGGCUAAGGGCAAACAAGGCUGAGCUGUGCGUCGUAUUUGCAUGCAAACCGUGAGUGUGUUUGUGUGUUUGUUUUUAUGGCUCUGUGUAGGAAGAAUAUCAUGCUCAGUUUAAUAAAGCGAGUUGCCUAUGAGUUAAUCAAAGACUUGCAGGAUGAGGACAGACAUUUCAGGAACGCAGUCGGGGGCAAAACAAAAUCUUAUGUCAGCUUUUUCUCUGGCCCCUGUUAAGAUCGUUGUCUUACCUCAAUACUGUGUCCUGUCCCAGCCACAUUUAAUCAGCAUGCUUGCAACGAUAGCAGCAUCGUAGACGAGGUUAGAUCUGUAGUUCUGUGCCCUCCCCCAUGAUUUGGACUCUUAUGGGUACCCAAACUGUGUUAGAUGUUGAUGAGUAUUUAGAUGGAUCCUACAAGGCACUGCUGUACCUGUAGAUUACUUUGACCGUAGAUCAAUUACAGAAAACAACUGCCUAGGUUUUGCUAUGGAUUACACUGUGUGUUUAGGUGAUAUGGCUUUUUAGACAUGGAUAAUCAAAGUGGAAUGUCACUAAUCUAAACUAAAUGUGCUCUAUUAUAUUUAUUGUUACACAAAACUUGAACUUUCUAUGUGAAGCUACGGUCUUUAAUUGUAUUAUUUGAAAUAUACUAUUUGAUGGAAACAGUUGGAUGCAUUAGCUGCUUCAUACUUUUAAUGGCAUGCAACUUAAUGUAAAAACGGCACUGUAACUGCAAAGGCAGUGCAACAAAUGUAUUUUGUUGUAUGUGUUUUUAUUCCUUAUAGACUUCUAUUAUGUCAGAUGAUGAAGGAAAUCAAACUGAUUAAACUGUACAUCUCGGUUGCUGUUACAUGUUCUCUCUUUUAUUGUUUUCUUAACAAAAAGGAUUGUGUGCUCAGAGGCAAACGCGUUUUACCAUGACAUCCACUUCAGUGUCUUUUGAUAUUUCAAUAUCUUUAACAUCACUUAAACCAAUCAGUAUUUUAAAGUAAUAAUGCAUACAACAUAAGGGACACAUUUUCCUUCUUUUAUCAUCAAAGUUAUUUUAACAAAUGCCUAAUAAGUUAAUAAUUGGCUGUUUUGUUCGUGCCUUUUAACUUUCUACUUUUUUUCACUGUCUGCUCUGUGUUGCUUUCGUUUACACUAAAUAUGUAUCUUAAGCUUUGCAGGAUAAUGUUAACUUUUGUGCUAUAAAUACCUUUAAUUUAAAAGAUGUUUUCUAAGGUAAAAAAAGCAGUGCCUUUUCUUAAGUUUGAAAGGGGAAAUGCCUUCCUUUACACUUAUGGGCACACAACCCUUUUACCAGCCUAAAAUAAAGGUAGUUUUAGAAUAAUAUUUGUUAUUAUUUAAGUGUUUAAUCUAGAUCAAGAUACUUCAGUGUCAAGUAAACAUUUCUUUUUUUCCUUCCUUGGUUAUUUUGAUAACAUUUUUUUCUAUAAGUAUUGUAUUUGGGAUAAACAAGAAUAAUUACAUAGCUGUGUUUUCUAUUUUCUGCCCUUUUCUUUUUCUACCAACAUGAUUCUAAAUUACUUUGGGUUGAUUUAUCGAGAUGUAAGUGACAUUCUGACCCAGCAGAAUGGCACACUGUGAAAAUGUUGAUGCCAAAGAGUGUUAUUGCCAUCACUUAGAGCUUUUUUGUAUCUUAUUUUCUCCUUAAUUUGCAGGUUAUCUUGUGCUUGUUCAAUAACAUUUAUAUAUUCACUGUUAACGGACAUUUGGAAAGGAGCUCACUUUUUAUGUAUAGUAUGGCUUUAUAUUGUAUAGUUUCUGAGCAUUUUCUAUUAUUUAUAUAGACGCAUGUACUAGAGUAUUAAAUAGUCUAAAGAACUGUGUAAUUUGACUAUGUUGGAAUAACACUUGUUAGUUCAGUUUGCCUGCAUGUCUGUAAAAAAGUGUGUUUGUAAAACUGUGUGGUUGUGUGUUUUUGUAAGCAAUGCUCCAUUUGUAUCAUCUCAAAAAGUAUGACAUGCAAGACAAUAAGGCUUCGUCCUUUAUUUCUUUUUCUAAAAAUAAAAAGUGGGCUAAUAAAAUGGGCGAGACACUGCUAGAUGUCUGCACUUAGGCAGUAUUUCAGAAGCCUGCUACAGCCAAGUUUUAAGGCAUUGUUGCUUUAUUUAGAAAUGUUUGUGUACAUAGCACGUUAAUGGGUAAAUGCAAGUGAAGGUCACAAUUGAAUAAAAUAAAAUGAUGGUACAUUUUGUCUGGUUGAAUUUA